GUGUUAGUAGUGGUGUGGUGGUGGUGGUGGUGGUGGUUUAAAUUUCAGCCCGCGUGCACGGGUUCACCUACGUGAGCCAUUACACGGGUCCUCGGCUUUCUCGCCGACUGGGGAGGCUAUAUGAGCGGUCACGGUCCACGAACGCAAAUUCAAGCCUACCUUCUGCGUCUUUCUACGUUACUCUCCUUUUCUCUUUUCGUCAACCUCAUCUUCUCGGCGUAUCUAUGAAGUCGGCGUGUUCUCGCUACGUGUUCUCGCUACGUGUGUGCUAGGUCUUUUCGACCGAAAUUCGCGUGCGAUUCGAUCGCACUUGUGUGUGUGCGUGUGGCUCUCGGUGCGAUAUAUAUCGGCCGGUCGUUAUGCACGUACGGCUCUGUUGAAAGGAUGCGUCGUAUCACUGCUGCGCCGCUCUCGUCGUCUCGUACUGAUUAAGAAUCGACCGAAUCGGCGACCGAAGGGAAUACGUGCAAUACGAGAUGCCAGCUUUCGCACCGUCCGCUUCGCAUCCUGGGAGACACGUCACCCAAGAACCGACGACCACGUUCGUGGGAGCGUUCACCGGUUUCACACUUUUCCACUAAAUCAGCCGUUAGCGUCCCCACGGAUGCACCGCGUGCUACAAUCGAUAAGCACGCGUCUGCAAGAAGAGAAAGCGUCUCAAUUCGACUACUAAUCCCCUCUCCCGUGUCGCUGUGAUUCGUAGACAUCAAACGUUUCUCGCGGAAGAAGAGAGAAAGAUCCUUGCGAUGUGCGUGACGGGGAAGACAUACGAGCAAGAAAUGGAUGGGAAAAGUACGUUCGAAUCUUAGCCCGCUCUACCCCGUAAAUAGCGUUUUGUAACCCCCGUCACGUGAAAUCGAUAUCCCUUAAGAGCCGGUCCGUGAAGUCGUUCGUCAGAUCGGUGUGUGUUACCCCGUUUCGCUGCCGCGAAAGUGGAAGAGUGCGCGCGCCAGUCUGCGGGGAGUCUGCGGGCGGAGGUAGACAGGAAACGGGGUUGGCUGAAUAAAAGAAGAUGCACAGGAAAAGGCCGGCGUUCCUCACCGACAUGGGACUGCUAAUGUUCUUAGCAGUAACGGUCUCUCUGUUGGGUUACUGCCAAACAGACGAAAAAGUGUCGUUUUACGGGGCAAGCUACAUCCAUCUUCCGGUUCAAGAGGCCAAGGAUGCUACUGACAUCAGUUUCCGGUUCCGAACUCAUCUCGCUGACGCUAUGCUGCUAUUGGCUGCCGGCAAGACGGAUUACUGCCUGAUCAAACUCGAAGCCGGCAGAUUGAAGGUUCAUAUUAAUUUAGGCGCGGGCGAAACCGAGGUGGCGAGCGCCCGCGGAUUGACACUGAACGACCUCAGCUGGCACGAGGUCAAUCUAACGAGACGCGAAGCCAACGUCAGCUUACAGACCGAUGUGAUACACACGACCAGAACCCAACUGCCGGGUCGCUUCUUCGAGCUGAACAUACACUACGGCGUCUUUAUUGGCGGAAAGGGCGACUUCAACGAGAUAUUUCUAGGUCACACGGAUUAUCUGAGAGGAUGCAUGGCCGACAUAAUAUACAACGGUGCCAAAGUUAUAGAGCACGCCAGGUCAAGAAAGGGCCAGUCAGAGGCAACAGCCGUGACGUGGGGCUGUUCGCCGGAAUUCGACGCCACGAGGAGCACGGAAGUGAGCUUCGUCGAGGACGGCGCCUUCGUCGCCAUCCCUCGUCCCAUUCCGCGCUCCGGUACGAGUUGGGAAUUUGAGCUGAAGACCGGCGCCGACAGCGGUAUGCUGCUCUACAAUCCCGGUCAAUCGUCCCGCGCGGAUUUCCUCGGCAUUGAGUUGUUUGAGGGUAAGAUUCGACUGUUGAUGAACAAGGGAAACGGGCCGACCGAGCUUAUACACAGCACCGUGAUAGCUGAUGGCAAGUGGCACAGCGUGAUCGUGGUCUUCAAUCCGAGCGGUCUCGGCAUUACUGUCGACCGUCACGAGAAAACGAUGGCACUGCCUUCCGGCGGCAAUCACUUCCUCGACCUGGCUGACACGCUAUACAUCGGCGGCACGGAAUUGAACAAACGCGCUCGGGCAUUCAGCAAGGGUCUCAAGUCUGGCGACGUGAGUUACAAGGGUUGUAUAAGGAACAUGGUUCUCGACAGAAAGGAUCUCGGAUUGCCGGAUGUCAAGGUCAGUCAGGGAAUCGUCGUCGGCUGCGUUUGGGGAUAUCCGUGCGCCGAAGUCGAUCCCUGCGUAUCCGGAUCGUCGUGCACGCAGCUGGGCGUCAAUUCAUUCCGUUGCAAUUGCGAUCAACCGCUGUGCAUCAAACCGAAUUACGCCGAGGACUACAAGAUCUAUUCAAACUCUACUUUGCCAGUAAACUUGGAAAUUCUCUCGUUGAGCCCUCUAUUAGUUUCCGAAGGAGAGCAAGUGCCGGUAACGGGCGACAACAUCGCGAUGGUGUUGGACAUCGCUAAAUACGGCGUGGAAGAGACCGGUGUCGUAUUCACUCUAGUGACACCACCAACUUACGGGACGUUAGUGUUGGAUCCUCUGACAUCUCAAAGCGAUAACUCGUUUACGCUUCAAGAUGUCAAUCAGGAUAAGAUACAGUACAUGCAUGACGGUAGCGAAACCACAGAGGACAGCAUGAUUCUGGAAUUGACAUUGGUGGCCGGGACAGGCUAUACGCUCCCAGGAUACCUCCAAGGACGCCUCAGGUUUCCUCUGCACGUUAACGUCACUCCUGUCAAUGACCCACCGUUGCUCGAGAUACCGACUGCAAAAGUGCUGCGUCUGGCUCAAGGCACAAGAAAAAUACUGACCAAGGAGUUAAUAUGGGCCAUAGACGCCGACACCCCUUCGGAGAUGCUGAUUUACACGGUUUUACGAGCGGAUACCGACGCCGGCCACAUCGAGAGAGUUACUUAUUCGUCUCGAUCUAUCGACACGUUCACGCAGGCCGAAUUAAUGCAAGGUCUCAUCGCGUACGUGCAUCGUGGAAACGCGAAACCAAAUGCGAUGUUGGGUUUGAAAGUGAGUGACGGCAUCGAGAGCAGUCAGCCCGCGUAUCUCCGCGUGUCGGCUUACCCGUUACAGAUCAAAUUGACGCACAACACCGGCCUCGUUGUGGUGCAUCGUUCGUUCUCCUACCUGACACCCGCGAAUCUUUCGUUCGCAACCAAUUCCGACGACAACACCAUCGAAAUUCGUUACGAUAUCGUCUCGCUUCCGUAUUAUGGCGUAUUGCAGAAACUGAGAGACGUCUCCGGCAGUUGGGUUAACGUCGAUCACUUUACCAGCCGGGACAUCGAGUCGAACGCUGUACGUUAUUUUCACAACGUCGGUAGUCCUAAUCAGGACGAUUUUAAAUUUCAAGCGAGCGUGCGCGAGGUAAAAACUCAGCAGACUUACGAUUUUCGCAUCACAUUUAUCGAUCUCGAGCUGAGGGAAGGCAAAAGAUUGCCUGUUGAUCUCACUGCCGGCACGUCGAACGCAACUAUCACGAGCGAUCAUUUGAGGUAUCAGACGAAUCCGCUGGUCACAUCGCCGGGCAAGAUCGUGUUCGCUCUCACAACGGGACCGCGGUACGGCAAUUUAUUUCUGUCCGAUCGUAAACUAACAACGGCCGAUGUGUUCACGCAAGAAGACAUCGAGGCCGGCCGCCUUGUCUACCGUCUGUUCAGGCGGGCUUACUCCAAUAUUCUCGACGAAAUAACGUUCAAAGUUAAUGCGCCUCAGUGCAUCGAGAUACACGCCAACUUGAAGUUCCGAUAUUACCUCGGCAAGAAUGGCAAAUCGCUCGAGGACACGGAGAGCAUAAAAGUUGACGAGGGCUCGAAGGUACUCCUCAGGAUCGCGCAUGUAAAUCCAAAGGAGUACGGGGUAUCAUCUCUGAUAUACAAUCUAACAAUAAAACCGAGUCACGGAUGGGUUUCUAUUGCAAACGGCACGAGAUCACACGGACAAAAGAACGUCUCGUCUUUUACGUACGAGGAUCUGUUGACGCAAACGGUCUAUUACGUGCACGACGAUUCCGAGACAAAAGAGGAUUUCUUCGAGUACGUAGCGGUAUCUUUGGAUUCCGUCGACUUUAUGUACAUUGGAAAAUUUCGAAUCGAUGUAACGAUGAAAAAUGAUAAUCCGCCGGAACGAAUAGUCGAUAAGAUCUUUCAUGUCGUGUCGAAAGGCGAAAAACUUAUAACGAGCAAGGACAUCGCUUACACGGACAAGGACGUCGGCACUAAACCGAGCGAGCUUAUCUACACGAGAAAAGAUGUUCGAAAAAGCGGAAUAUACAGAGUGACCAAUCCGUCGUUACAAAUACGCGAGUUCUCGCAACAGGACAUCGACGACGGCUUCGUACUUUUUCGACAUCAGGGAGACGAACGUGAGAAAAUCGAAUUCGGUAUCACUGACGGUCACUUCUAUAGGACCGGCGUUCUUGAAAUCCAAGCCAGUCCGCCUUAUAUCAGAUUGCGGGAGAGCAACGGCUCGGUGGUGCAAUUUAACAAGUCCGUGGUGCUGCCGGCAAAAGAACUGGAAACAGAAACGAACGUUUACACUACGGAGAAAGACAUCAAAUACACGGUGUGGGAGAAGCCGAAAUACGGUGUGUUACUGAAACACGGUCGGGAAUCGAACAGUUUCACGGAAGACGAUUUGAAACACGAUAGCGUGUCAUAUAAACAUUUAGGUGGGUCUUCAACGAGAGACGCGUUUAAAUUCAAAGUGUUCGUUAAGGGCGCCGAGACCGAGGGUGUAUUUGCGAUCAAAGUCUAUCCGGAAAGUUACUGGGAGCCGUUGAUUGUGCAAAACAACAAGAUAAUAUUCGUCGAGGAAGCGACCAGCGUUCUGCUGAGUCAAAAAAGCCUCGAGAUAAUGCACCCGAAGAUAUCGCCCUCCGAGAUCGUUUACCACGUGCAGGAGUGGCCGCAGAACGGCUACUUGGAUCUGCAGCUUCAGGAUGAGCACAGCGAGGAAACGAGGGAGGAGUACAGCGGCAACGCGGUUAAACACUUCGAGCAGAGUCUCAUAAACGACGGCCGUGUCUUUUACGUUCAAUCGGUGAUAAAUCAGACAAACGAUCGAUUCAUCGUCGACGUAACCAAUGGUGGUAUCACGUGGUUGCGCGGGCUUAGCGUGAACUUUGUGAUACUGCCGGAGAAGCUCUACAUCGCGGCGAAGACUCUCACCGUGAUAGAGGGAAAGAACGCGACGCUGAACGAAUCGAAUUUCUUAGUCGUAACUCCGUAUUAUGCCGGUAAAGUGACAGAUUAUAGAAUAACAGAAAAACCGAGACACGGUACGAUUCUCGAUUUCACGAAGAACACUCAAGUAAAGAAGUUCUCACAGAAGCAUCUGAACGCCGGUGUUAUAUUGUACAAGCACAACGGAGACGAAUUCCCGAGAGAUUCCUUCAAGAUGGUGGUCACCGCUGGCGAUAAGACCAGCGAACCUUUCAGCGUGCCGAUUAUCGUUCAACCCGUUAACGACGAAGUUCCCGUGCUGGUGAAUAGAACCAAACUCAAGGUUUGGCAGGGUGGCUCGGUCGUUCUGACGCCGGCAAACUUGGCGGCCGUGGAUAACGACACCGCUCCAUCUGAUAUAACGUUUAACGUUACCGGAGUGAGAAACGGAUACAUUUCGUUAGUCACUUCGCCCGAGAUAGACAUUUACAAUUUUACGCAAAGUCAAAUCAACGAGUCACAAGUGAUCUUCACGCACACGAACGGAUCUGACGGCGAGUUCAACUUCGUAUUAAGCGACGGCGCACAUACAACGGAGUCUUACACAAUCUUGGUCACCACGGAACAAGUUCACUUGAAUAUCGCGCACAAUGUGCCCCUUAAUGUCUUCCCUCUUACUAGGAAAUUAAUAUCAGACAAGCUCUUAUUAACGAUGUGUUCGGACGAAGCGAGGGAGAUUAGAUACACUGUGCGAAAUGGGCCCCAUUUAGGCAAAGUUAUAAUGGAGACAAGCGAGGGAGUAUGGCUUGAGGUCGAGCGAUUUACUCAGAGAGAUAUCAACAAUAGCAAAGUGAUUUACGAGCAUACCAAGCAGUUCAUGGACCUGAUGGCCAACGAUUCUUUCAUGUUUGAUGUUGAGACACACUUCUCUGGAACUUUAACAAAUCAGAUUUUCCAAAUAGAUAUAUCCGUCUCGAGCGGCGGCUUAGAUCGAUACAUCUCCGCAAAAAGCGUUCGAGUCGUCGAAGGUGGCUCCGCGCAGGUCGUUAUGAACAUCAGUGGUAUCGUUUCCUUUCUGCAAAUCAACGCCGGAAUUGAAAAUCCGGCGGUGCUGUCGCGAUUGAUUUACCAGCCCGAUCACGGACACGUCAUGCUGCUCCCGGACUUAAACGUGACCACAUUCACGCAGCCGCAGAUCGAAGGCGGAAAGAUCGCUUACUAUCACGAUCACUCGGACACAUUGGAGGAUCGUAUUCAGUUCUCUCUCUACUUAACGCCUGGCCACGUAUUGCUGUGCAAUAUCAGUAUUCCCGUCGUCAUCGAACCGAUCAACGACGAACCAUUCAAACUCGUCACAAACGCCCCGUACAUCACUGUUGUUCAAAAUCAAAAUCAAACCAUUACUCGCGACAAUCUACUGACUACCGAUCCCGACUCCCCACCGGAGGAGAUCACGUACGACGUGAUUUCGGGACCGACAUACGGCAGACUGUUGCUCCUGCCGUUCGAUCAGAACACGUCGGACGUGCGUCGAGUGAACAAGUUCACCCAAUACGACAUAGAUUCUAAUCGAGUGGUGUACGAGCACAACGGGCCGCUGCAAGCGGCCUCGUUCUACUUCAGAGUGUGGGACGGUCGAUUCAAUCCGACUUACACUGUCUUCAACGUCCACGUUUUGCCUAUUCGAUUGAACGUCACGGUACCGAGUCCGGUGAACUUGCAGCAAGGCUCGAACGUCGCGCUCAUUACCGAGAGUAACGUUUUACUCGACACGAACGCGCGUCAGGAUCUAGUGAUCUACGAGAUCACUACGCGUCCAAAACACGGAGUGUUGUACGUGCGAGAUAGCGCCGCGGCAACGUUCAAACAGACCGAUCUGCUGUCAAAGAGCGUGAUGUUCAUGCAGACGGAUAUGACGGUGUCAAACGACAGCCUGGAAUUAUCGGCGCGACUUAGCGGUUUCGAUCAGGAACGCAUACGCGUCGAUAUCAAAGUUACGCCGCUCAUGAUUAUGAAUCCAAUGACAGCGAUAGCGAGCGAGAAGAAUCAGAUAACGUUGCAGUACUUGGACGCAACUCCCUUGGCAAAACUGACGACCAGCAAUCCGAUGUACACCAUCGUGAGGAAACCGAAAUACGCCAAAAUAAAGAGAAUCAUCAGAAGUUCCUCGUCGUCCGGAGAAAAAAGGGGCACGCGCGAGCGGGAGGUGGCCCGGUUCUCUCACCAAGAAAUCAUUUCUGGCGUGAUAUACCUAGUAUGCAGGAAAAUACCUUCGAUAGAAGGUGUCACAGACAGCUUCACUUUUGUUCUAGCGGCGUCCAUUUUCCAACCAGCUGUGGACGACUUCGAAUUCCGUAUCAAACUUGACAUAGAUGACGAUAACAUCACUUUGGGGGGUCCAAUGGAUCCGGUCGGUCACGAGGGUGAGAUGGCGAUCGCUCCGAACAUGAGCAACGAUUAUCUAUUGAUUCUCGGUAUGUUACUCGGCGUGUUCCUACUUGGAGUAGUGGUGAUCAUCACAAUCAGAUGUCGGCAGAAUCGUUAUAAGCACGCCGAGGAAGAGAAACCGGAAACCGCGCCCGCAGUCGGCGUGAUGCCACUUCCUAGACCGCCUGAUCAUUUGAUGCCGGCCACUCCGCACUUGAAACCUUUCGGCAAUGAUCACAACAGCGUAACAGCGAGCACGCCGCUGCCGGUGUUACCCUCGACGUUACCGCAAUGUAAAGUCAUACCGUUGAGUCCUCUGGAGACCGGUUCGGAGGUCGACGUUUCUGCCAGGUAUCCUUACGGGGUUGCGGACGGCGACGAGUGGAGCAGUUUUGACACUUCCGAUUUGCCCUGUCAAUCUGCCACAACUCAAAGAACCAAAAAAAAUCCUUUACUCAGAAGAGAUCAGUACUGGGUCUAGCAGGAGAGUAAUACGCUGCGGCUCGCGCGAAGACAGCCGUAGCGUUGCUAUUCCCGGCGUAUCUCGCACGAGAGUCGGGACUAUUGCGGACUCGAUGUGUCUAAAGAAAGUGUUAUCUGCGACGGAGUCACACGCGGCGAUUUGUCGAAAUCCGAGAUUAUUGUCCAACCGGACGUGUGUAAAAUCGAUGUUAGAUAACGACAGUGAAACGCGACUACUUUAACAUUGUGACGAAAAAAGCUCUCUCGGUGAUUAUCGGCCACGUGCCGGUGCACGUAUCCGUUUGUGCGAUUGGAAGAAAAAACGAAAAAAAAACGAAUAAACUCCUGAACCAGGAAAUAUAACGAACCAAAAACAAAUGAGAAUAACUCGCGAGAUAGUUCGCAGUGUUGUGUCUUGUGUAUUAUUAGUUUAAAAAACGAUAUAUAAACAGGAAGUCUAGAUCUCCUUGAAUGUUAUGAUUAUCGUCGCUAUCACGAGCUCAAUGUGCCUAAGAGAUAUCUGACUCUGCUGACGUUUUUUCACUGAUCACUACUCGUCGAUCUUUCGUGUAUAUUAAAAAACUGUAAGUCCCUUUUUCCUCCCUUCCCUCCUACGUAGAUCGAAAUAAACUCGAUCGUUAAAUUUAGACGGAUUGAUUAUUCACUUAUACACCAAAAAAAAAAAAGUUUUUAAAAAACUCUUCAACUCGAAUUUAAACGAAAAGUCCGUCGGUACGCACUGGCUCGUUUUAGAGCGCAGACUUUUCAAAAAAAAGGUUCACGUAACGCGUUUUGCGCGUUUUCCUUCACCUCCUUCCAUUUUUACAUUUUUUGUAAAAAGCGCAGGACCGUAAAAAUUCUUUAUUAAAAAAACAAAACAAAAAAAAAAAAAAAAAAAACUAUAUCCCUACUGUCGCAAAUCGAAGACAAGAUCGAAUCGUUGAGAAAAAAGAAACUUUGCUUUCUUUCAAACUUCGUAUUAAGGAGGAAAACAAGAAUUGAAUGAGAUAAAAAUAAUAUACAAAAAGGGCUUUGUAACAAUAUAUCAUACAACAAAAUCGAAUAUACACAACGUAUACUCGAAUAUUCGUAUGUUCCUGCUUUUCUGCUACUCGACAAAUGCAUUUAUAUUGAUAAUCAACUGUAAGUUAAGACACAUUUUUUUAUAUUGUCAAGUUAUUCGAGCGUCUCAUUUUAUUUUA